AUGGAUUUCGGCUUCGGGUUACCCAAAGACGCACGCGGGAAUACGGGUAUUCUCGUAUUUGUUGACAGAUUCAGCAAAAUGGUACACCUUGUGGCUGUACCAGAGACAAUCACGGCAAGUGGCUGUGCUUGUGUCUUUAUUGACACCAUCUUCCGACUUCAUGGGUUGCCCCGUGAACUCGUAUCAGACAGAGAUCCACGAUACACUGCUGAUUUCUGGCGUUCCGUGUUUAAAUCACUCGGAACGCGCUUGAAGAUGUCGACAUCUGAUCAUCCAGAGUCAGAUGGUCAGACGGAACGUGCCAAUCGUGUCCUUGAAGAGAUACUUCGAGGAUACGUACACUCCUUUAAGAGUUGGAGUGAGUUUUUGCCAAUGGUAGAGUUUGCCAUUAACAACUCGGUGCAUGCGUCCACGACACAUACACCGUUUUACGUGAAUGGCUUGCGCCAUCCGCGUGUACCCACCUUACUAGAGUGUAACUCUGGUUUAAGGGGGGGAGGGACUCGCGCGAGCAAAAACCGACUUGGUUCACGCUCAUCACGCUCUGACGAAGAAGUCAUUGCGUUUGAUGCCGAUAUCGAUAACAUCGAUAUCGAAGAAGAUGAUGCCAGUGAGAGUGCGGAAGCCCUCACUGAAGAAGAUGAUCCUAGUGAGAGUGCGGAAGCCCUCACUGAAGAAAAGGUUGAUGUUGCUGCAGUGCGCUCACAGCGCACUGAAGCUAACGAGUCAUCAGAUGAGUUCAUACUGGCUCGUGAAACGGUAGUCCGUUUUGUGCAAGACUCCAUCGCCGAAGCGGUGACUUAG